AUGCAAGAAGGACUAGCAAAUCUCGAGCUUGAAUCACGAAACCCGCCAGCUCACCGAAUGAGCUCUAUGUCGAGCGUUUCCUCUAUGCAGUCUCCCAGCUACGAUCAACAACAUUUUAGACCCCGCGAUCAGUACCAAGACCAUGGCGCACAACAACAAUACCCGAGCGGACCGAGCUUCACAGCGAGCUACGAACAUACGAAUGCGUCUGCAUACCAAAAUAUAGACAGGCCGGGUGGUUACCAUCGACCAAAUGCCGAAUCCCCCACGUUUUCUCCGUUCCCCAAACCCGUCAAUGCCGGUCCAAAUGUACCUCUUUCCGAUGACGAGAAGGAAGAAGUCCUGGAGAGAGCAAGACCUUUGGUUCUCAAAACCACCGAUCCGGAGAUGCAAUUAGCAUGGGCACAAGACGCUCUUGCGUGGGUCGAGACAGCGAAAACAUACUCCAUAAAACUGGAGACAGAAGGGCAAACCCCCAGGUCAAUAACUCCCAAAAUCGAGCAUUCUUUAAGAAAAGACGCCACCAAUAUUGUCAUAUUUCUCGCAGAACAGCACCACCCAAAGGCAGAAUUCAUGAAGGGGAUGUGGCUCGAGUUUGGAAAGUUUGGAUACCGGGUGGAUAAGAAAGAGGCCUUUCUAGGGUAUAGGAGAGCUGCGGAGAAGGGUUACGCACGAGCUGAAUACCGGAUAGGAAUGCAAUACGAGAAUUCAAGCGACUUUGCGAAAGCUGUAGAUCAUUACAAGAGGGGGGUUGCAAUGGGGGAUUCGGCCUCAAAUUACAGAUUGGGGAUGAUGACUUUGUUAGGCCAACACGGUAUGCCGCAAAACUUCCAGGCAGGUGUAGAUCUCGUACGCUUCUCUGCAGAUACGGCCGAUGAGAAUGCCCCUCAAGGAGCCUACGUCUACGGCAUGCUUCUGGCUAAGGAAUUACCAAAUAUCAAUAUUCCGGAACAGUUUCUCCCGUACGAUCUAAACGAUGCAAAGCUAUUCAUCGAGAAGGCGGCAUAUCUUGGAUUUGGAAAAGCACAGCUUAAAAUGGCCCAAGCAUACGAACUAUGUCAACUGGGUUGUGAAUUCGAGCCCACCUUGUCUUUGCAUUACAAUGCGCUUGCAGCUCGGCAAGGAGAAGCUGAGGCGGACAUGGCGAUCAGUAAAUGGUUUCUCUGUGGAUAUGAAGAUGUGUUUGAGAAGAAUGAAGAACUGGCCUUCACAUACGCCAAGAGGGCGGCUGCAACGGGUAUGGCUACGGCCGAGUUUGCGUUGGGCUACUUUUACGAAAUCGGGAUUUAUGUACCCAUGGACCUACGCGAGUCGGAAAGUUGGUACAACAAGGCGUCCCAACACGGGAAUAAAGAUGCACUUGGGAGAAUCGACAGUAUCAAGAAGAACAACACCUUCUCGAGAAGCGAUCAUGAGAAGAUUGGAAUUAAUCGUAUCAAAUCAACACGUGGUUCACAGCGAGGAGGGAGACCGCCUGGUUUAGCAAAACGGCUCGACCCCAUGCCGAGUAUAGCAGACAAUGUACUUGAUAUGCCAGAUCCUAGAUCUUCAUACUCCGGAACUGGGGAAACACGCCCUUUGCAAAACAACCGUCCCCCACAGAGGCCUAUUUCUGUUGCCCCAUAUCCUGAGGAUGAUAUGAUGCACCCCCCUAGGCUUGCCAAUGGUCCGGGUCCAGGUCAAGGCCAAGGGUUACGCCCACAUUCACGAGGCGGUCCACAAGCAGACAGGCCUACCUCCGCGUUUGGAAUCAGGCCUUUGAACCACGCCAAUACGAGUUUAGAUCCAGGACAGCAUGGAGGCAGGCCACAAGAUCCAAUGCGACCUUCCACGAGUAUGGGAAAUAUGCAUGUUCCAGGAGGUCGAGGAAGCAACCCGGCCGAUAGAGGGCACGUUGUUUCGGCCGGCUGGGAUCCUCAAGCGCCCACGGGUUAUCGUCAACCUUCUCCAGGUUUACCUCCGAAAUUGCCUCCAAUCGAUGCUGGUGGGCCUGUCAAUUUCGAGCAGAGUUCGAACAGGCUUCAGAAGGUUCCACCUGUCAACAUGAACAGACCUCCGCCUGCACAACCCCAAGGAUAUGGACAGGAUCCUUCCAGACAGUCGGUGCCUCAACAGCCAUACAAAUACACCCGAGAAUCCGCGAUGCCAACGGACCCUGCUGCUCAACGGCGAGACCCAAUUGCGAAUAAUGCAAGUCGACCAGUUCGACAAAGUUCGAUGACACCGACACAGAAUCAAACUCCGUUGCAGAGUCCCGCUCAUUCUGAGAGAUUCGAGUCGAUACACAGCCCAGCCCAGAGUCGUGCCUCUCAGCGUCCAUCACAACAGCCCAUGUCUCCUCAAGGGCAUCCGAAUUCUCGACCCCCGUCCGCAGCACCCUCCACCGCACCCUCUACUGCACCAUCGACAUCCUCAAGCGCUGCAAAGAAAGGCCCCGCAACUUUCGGGGAGAUGGGUAUUCCAGCCGCGAAGUCCGAGGAAGGAUGCGACAUGGGUUAUUAUGUUGCAUUUGGGAGCGAUUACUAUGAUUUAAAAAGAGAGCAUUUGAAUUGA